UUGCGAAAUUUAUUGCAAAUUUAUAGAGAUUUGCGUGGUGUGGUGUAAUUGACAGUUGAUUUUGUUUUCAUAUUUAGUGCAGUGCACAGUCAACAAUGGUCGAUGCCUUGGAGUACAACGACAUAAAUGCCGAAGUGCGCGGUGUUUUGUCAUCGGGUCGCCUGAAGCUUACCGAGCAGAACAUCAUCUUCAAGAACACGAAGACGGGCAAGGUGGAGCAGAUUGCCGCCGAUGAUAUUGAUUUGAUAAAUUCACAAAAAUUCGUCGGCACAUGGGGACUGCGAAUCUUCACCAAGAGUGGUGCGCUGCAUCGGUUCACGGGAUUUCGGGACAGCGAACACGAGAAGUUGAGCAAGUACAUCAAGGAUGCAUAUGCCCAGGAGAUGGUCGAGAAGGAGAUGUGUGUCAAGGGCUGGAACUGGGGCACCGCUCGCUUCAUGGGCUCCGUGCUGAGCUUCGACAAGGAUACGAAGACCAUUUUCGAGGUGCCUUUGUCACAUGUCUCACAAUGCGUCACCGGCAAGAAUGAGGUCACGCUGGAAUUUCAUCAGAACGAUGAUGCGCCAGUGGGUUUGCUGGAGAUGCGCUUUCACAUACCCACCGUGGAGUCGGCGGAUGAGGAUCCCGUGGAUAAGUUUCAUCAGAAUGUGAUGAACAAGGCGUCGGUCAUCUCGGCCUCUGGCGAGUCCAUUGCCAUCUUCCGCGAGAUACACAUUCUGACGCCCCGUGGUCGCUACGACAUCAAGAUCUUCUCGACAUUUUUCCAGUUGCACGGCAAAACAUUCGAUUAUAAGAUACCCAUGGAUUCGGUGCUGCGUUUGUUCAUGUUGCCCCAUAAGGACAGUCGGCAAAUGUUUUUCGUCCUCUCACUGGAUCCCCCCAUUAAACAGGGCCAGACACGGUAUCAUUAUCUGGUGUUGCUGUUCGCUCCCGAUGAGGAUACCACAAUUGAGCUGCCCUUCAGUGAGGCCGAGUUGCGGGACAAGUACGAGGGCAAACUGGAGAAGGAGCUGUCGGGCCCGGUCUAUGAGGUAAUGGGCAAGGUAAUGAAGGUGCUAAUUGGACGCAAAAUAACCGGGCCGGGCAAUUUCAUUGGGCAUUCCGGCACAGCUGCUGUCGGUUGCUCAUUUAAGGCAGCCGCCGGCUAUCUCUAUCCGCUGGAGCGUGGCUUUAUCUACAUUCACAAGCCACCGCUGCACAUCCGUUUCGAAGAGAUCAGCUCGGUGAAUUUUGCCCGCAGCGGGGGUUCGACGCGUUCCUUUGACUUUGAGGUGACGCUGAAGAAUGGCACUGUGCACAUUUUCUCCUCCAUCGAGAAGGAGGAGUAUGCCAAGCUCUUUGAUUAUAUCACACAGAAAAAGUUGCAUGUGAGCAACAUGGGUAAGGAUAAGAGCGGCUAUAAGGAUGUCGAUUUUGGUGACUCGGACAAUGAGAACGAGCCGGAUGCCUAUUUGGCUCGGCUCAAGGCUGAGGCACGCGAGAAGGAGGAGGAUGACGACGAUGCCGAAGAUUCCGAUGAGGAGUCCACGGAUGAGGACUUUAAGCCCAACGAAAAUGAAUCGGAUGUUGCCGAGGAGUACGACAGCAACGUCCAGAGCGAUUCGGAUGAAGAUAGCGAUGCAAGUGGUGGCGGUGGUGGCGGCGGCGGUGGUGGUGAUAGCGAUGGGGUUUCUAAGAAGAAGCACAAGGAGAAGAAGCGCGAGAAGAAAGAGAAGAAGCACAAAGAGAAAGAGCGCACAAAAAAACCAACCAAGAAGAAGGACUCCAACAAACCAAAACGACCAACAACCGCUUUUAUGUUGUGGCUCAAUGAUACCCGUGAGCAGAUUAAGCGCGAUAAUCCGGGCAUAAAGGUCACCGAAAUCGCCAAAAAGGGUGGUGAAAUGUGGAAGGAGUUGAAGGACAAAUCCAAGUGGGAUGAGGCUGCAUCCAAGGACAAGCAACGCUAUCAGGAUGAGAUGCGCAAUUAUAAGCCAGUGACGGGCGAUGCUAGCGACGAUGAACAGCUGGACAACAACAAAGCGAUCAAGAAACGCAAAUCCGAUCCAUCUCCAGUGAAGAAAUCAAAUACUUCAGGCAGUGGUUUUAAGAGCAAGGAAUACAUCUCGGAUGAGGAUUCCACUAGUUCCGAGGAUGUCAAAAAGAGCGGCAGUGAGCCAGCCAAAAAGAAGAGCAAAUCAGCCGACGGAGCCAAUGCAAAGAAGUCCAAGAAGAGUGAAAGUGAAGUGGAACCGAGCGAAGAAGAUGAUUCCUUUAGAUCAGAUGAUGCCAAGAAGAGCGGCAGUAAGACGGACAAAAAUAAAGGCAAAUCAUCCAAGAAGAAGGCCAAAGACACCGAAAGUGAAGCCACCGAUGAGGAGACCAACGAGAGUAAUGAAGAUGAUGAUGAGGAUGAGGCCAGCGAUUAGUCUAGUAAUUAAUACAUUUCCAUAACACAAUCCACACACUCACACACACACACAAGCAAUUAGUUCUAAGAUAAGUGUUACAAAUAAACCUGCAAAAAUAUAGCUUGGUUUUAAAAAUUU